GACCCGUGCCUUCCUUUUUAGCCUUUUAUCCCUGCUUUUAUUUCUGUUUUUAUUAGGCUGGGGAUCCCGCAGUGGCUGGUGGCUUGCCCACCGCCCUGCUGGGCGAACUGGUGUUUUUAUUUUUUAGCUGCUUUUAUAGUUUAGCUCUGCUCGGCUCAUCCCGGAUUGGCGGACGGCGGACGUCGGGACCACGGCGGCGGAAGGACUCUGCUCCAGCGGCGACGUCGGUGGACCUUCCCGGAUGGCAACGGCCGGCGGACCAUCGAGGAAGCCCUUCAGCGGGCCGUGGCUGGUAGCAGGCGGUGGCCUGCGGAAUACCGCCCGGUUCUGCUGGAGGGCUGAGGAGGAGGUGGGCACCUUCCCCGACCGGCUGGCCUUCAUCCGGGAGGUGGCCUUUGGAGCGUUGGGCCUUCAGAUGCAGGACAUCCUCUGCGUACAGCGGAAUGGGCCCUUCCGCUUCUUCGAGGUCACCUUGUCCACCGACGAGAGUUACACCAAGGUCCUGGAGCGGAGCAAGGAGGGGGCCCAGCACCCCCUCCUCGGACGUUACAACAUCGAGCCGCUGUGGUGGCCCGACAAGCGGCCUCCCUUCUGCCGGCAGUGCCACAGUUUUGGACACACCCUGGAGGGAUGCGCCAACCUGCGCUGCCGCAACUGCCUGGAGUCGGGGCACAUGGCCAGGGACUGCAAGGGCCCCCGUCGCUGCAAACACUGUAACGGCGAGGACCAUCUGGCUCGUUCCUGCCCACAGAAAAAGACUACAUAUGCCGACGCUCUGUCGGGUAACAGAGCAGUCGGCACGGAGAAUGGUGGGGGAGCUCUAGCCCCCACGACUGGGCAGGAACAGCCGGCGACGGGGGCAGGAGGAGAAGCCCUGGUCGAGGUGGAGGAGGCCCCUUCGAGUGCGACACCAGUGCAGGAGGGGUCUCCGAACAAGGUGGAGCAGCUCGCCCUGGCUCCAGGCGUCAGCAGCAGGCGAAAGAAGAGCGGUGCAUCCCCCCGGGGGAGGAAGAAGAGCAGAAGGGAGGCGCAACCCAACGCACCCAGCCCUCCGGCGGCCACCUCGCCAGCAGUGGCGGCCGGGGACCAAGGCCGACAGUGCCCCCCCUCCCCGAUGUUAGAGGCCCCCCGUCUGGUGUGGGACUUGGGACAGUCCCCUGCACCCCCCCAGGAGUACAGCGGUCAACAGGACACUGCUAAUGAACAGGAGUACCUGGGGGGUCUGGAAUUGGGGGACCUUUUGAGGUUGACUGAGGAGGGGGGGCAGUAG